AUUAUAUGUAUAUAACCCAGAAGGUUUUACUCUCCCUUAAGCAACCAGAAUCACUGAAUUAGUGAGUUUAAUUAAUUCUUUUUUGACUCGGUAGAAUCAAGCUAAGCAAGACAAAGAGAAAGAAGAAGAUGAUGAAUUCAUUGAAGCCUCAUCAUGCAGUUUGCAUACCAUACCCAGCACAAGGCCACAUAAGCCCAAUGAUCAAACUAGCAAAGCUUCUUCACUUCAAUGGUUUCAACAUCACUUUCGUCAACACAGAGUUCAAUCACAAGCGCCUUCUAAGAUCUAACGGUCCUGAUUUCCUUAGCGACCAUCACAACCCUUUCUUUCGUUUCAAUACAAUCCCUGAUGGUCUACCUGGGUCCGAUGUGGACGCCACACAGGAUACUCCCACCCUCUGUGAGUCGCUUAGAAGAAAUUGCUUAGCUCCGUUUAGGAACCUCUUGUUCAAACUUAACAGCGCCGAGGAUGCUCCUCCAGUUUCUUGCAUAGUCUCUGAUGGUGUCAUGAGCUUUACCUUAAUUGCUGCCGAAGAAUUGGGAAUUCCUGAGGUGCUUUUUUGGACUAUGAGUGCUUCUGGGUUCUUGUGUUACCUUCACUGUGAUCAAUUAAUUGAAAAAGGGAUAACACCCUUCAAAGAUGUGAGUUAUUUAACAAAUGAUGAGUAUUUGGAGAGAAAUACCAUCGAUUGGAUACCAGGCAUCAAAGAAUUAAGGUUAAGGGAUGUUCCCAGCUUCAUCAAAACCACAGACCCAGAUGACAUUAUGCUACAAGUUUUGCUUGAAGAAGUUGGCAGAACUAAGGAAUCAAAUUGCCCAAUCAUUCUCAACACAUUUGAUGCAUUAGAGCAUGAUGCCUUGGAAGCAAUUUCAUCCAUUUUGCCUCCUCCUAUCUACACCAUUGGUCCCUUAAAUUCACUCUCCAAACACAUCUUACAUGAUAAGGAUUACAUGAACACUGUGGGAUGCAACCUGUGGAAGGAGGAACGAGAGUGUCUUAAAUGGCUUGACACCAAGGAUCCAAACUCUGUGAUUUACGUGAACUUUGGGAGCAUCACGAUUAUGACGAGUGAGCAAUUGGUUGAGUUUGCAUGGGGACUCGCUAACUGCAACCAUUCUUUCUUGUGGGUCAUAAGACCGGAUCUGGUCGCCGGCGACAACGCAGUUCUUACUCAAGAGUUCGUUACAGAGACAGAAAACAGAGGCAUGUUAUCAGGUUGGUGUCCUCAAGAGGAAGUGCUGGGUCACCCUGCGAUUGGAGGAUUCUUGACACACAGUGGUUGGAAUUCGACGGUGGAGAGCUUGAGUAGCGGCGUGCCAAUGAUAUGUUGGCCUUUUUUCUCGGAGCAACCGACAAACUGUCGACUUUGUUGCAAGGAAUGGGGUGUUGGGUUGGAGAUAGAAGGUGGUGUGGUGAGGGAGAGAGUUGAGAAGCUUGUGAGGGAGUUGAUGGAGGGAGAGAAGGGGAAGGAGUUGACCAAGAAAGCCUUGGAAUGGAAGAUACUUGCACAAGAUUCCACUACUCGUGAGAACGGGUCUUCGUUUAUGAAUUUUGAUGAACUUGUUCGUCAUCUUCUUGCUGGCCAUAAUUAAGUGACAACUUGUAUGCUUUAA